AUGUCCGAUCCGUCCGGGGCGACCAAGGACAUCGUUCAGGAAUUCAUUCAGCCCCAUUUCGAACGACUCGACGGAAUCUUGCGGCAAUUGUUACCAGCGGAUACAUCGGACGCCGAUCGCCACAUGUUUGGGUUCAGCGUCGUGGGGCAGUGCAUGCAUUACAAAAUGGCUGGGCCGAUCAUCAACAUGCUGAUCUCGCAAGACGAGCUGCAAGCGUUGACCGCCGAUCGCGUCUCGGACCACAUUUUCCAAGUGUUUGCCAUGCGGAUUCUUUUGGCCAGCACGAUCUUGUUUUUGCUUUUCAGCACCACCGCGAUCGCCGACGAUUGGCCACAAUGGCGUGGUCCGAAGCGUGAUGGUGUCUGGCGCGAACGUGACAUCCUCCGCCGAUUCCCGGAAGAUGGGCUCCGGCGCCAAUGGAGCGUCCCGAUCGGUCCCGGCUACAGCGGACCAGUGGUGGCCGAUGGGUACGCCUACGUCACCGAUCGGGUCGUGGAACCGGAACAAAAAGAGCGUGUCCACUGCGUCGACAUGAUCAAUGGGAAAAAGCUCUGGACGUUUGAAUAUCCCUGCCAAUACGUCAACAUCGGCUACAUGGCAGGCCCCAGAGCAUGUCCGAUUGUCGACAAUUCAAACGUCUAUACGCUCGGAACGAUGGGCAACCUGCACUGCUUGAAUGCGAUCACUGGCGACAAAAUCUGGUCGCGCGAUCUGCGAAAGGACUUUCGCAUUCGUAUGCCGCACUGGGGCAUCGCUGCUUCACCACUGAUUUGGCGGGACUACAUCAUUCUGCAGAUUGGCGGAGCGGACGGAGCAUGCGUCGUCGCUCUCGAUAAGGACAGCGGCGAAGAAGUGUGGCGUAGCUUGAACGAUCAAGCCUCGUACUCGUCGCCAAUCAUGAUCGAACAAGCAGGAGACCGUGCGUUUUUUACUUCGUUCUACGAUGGUUCGCUGAUGCUGCGAAUCGAUCCGCAUGAGUUUCGCUACGAGGUUCUCUGGCAGCGGAUGGGUCGAUCGGAAAACGAUACCGACGCGCUGCACUCAACAAUCAGCACCCCGGUGUUCGAGGGGAAUUACAUCUACGGCAUCGACAGCUACGGUGAGUUCCGCUGUUUGGAUGCGACCAAUGGCGACCGCAUCUGGGCCGAUCAAACGGCAACACCGAAAGCUCGUUGGAGUACCGUCCAUUUCGUCAAACAUGGCUCGCGUUAUUUCCUGUUCAACGAACGAGGCGAACUGAUCAUCGCGAAGCUUUCCCCCGAAGGCUUUCAUGAGAUCGAUCGAACGCAAAUCAUUCAGCCGACGCGCGAUCAACUUUCGCGACGUGGUGGCGUUUGUUGGUCUCAUCCUGCAUUUGCCGACGAAUGCAUCGUCGCUCGAAACGACGAAGAGCUGAUCUGCAUUAGCCUGGAAGACUAA